AUUAAGGCUGCCGGAAAAGCGGAAGCCUCUCACCUGCCGAGCAUCAGAAACUCACUCGAAGAACAGCCUGCGGGGAAAGGGCUACAGGCAUUGUUCAAGGGUGGGGAGUUAGCGGUUGAGUCGGUGUUGAGGGAGGUGUGUGAUAGGGUUUUGGAGGAAGAGGAAUUGAUUGUUGGGAGAAAGGUGUCUUCCACUGCGACGUUACAGAUCUUGGGUGAGGCAUAUGUGCGUGUUGGGACGAGGAAAGGAGGUGGU